AUGGCUGGGUUGCGUCUGCUUGUUGCUUCUGUAAUCCUAGGGUUUCUGUCGUCUACAUCGGAAUCUCUGCGGUUCGAGCUGCAAUCGGGCCACACCAAAUGCAUCGUGGAAGACAUAAAAGCCAAUGCCAUGACGGUCGGCAAGUACAGCGUCGUCAACCCUAACGAAGGCCACCCCAUUCCCGAUUCUCACAAGCUCACCGUCAGGGUGACGUCGCACUAUGGGAAUAACUAUCAUUACUCUGAGCUGGUGGAAUCGGGGCAGUUCGCAUUUGUGGCGGCGGAGGCGGGAGAUUACAUGGCCUGCUUCUGGGCGCCUGAUCACAAGCCCCAAAUUACGUUGACCAUUGAAUUCGAUUGGAAGACCGGCGUCGCCGCUAAAGACUGGUCCAAUGUGGCCAAGAAAGGCUCUGUCGAUGUUAUGGAAUUAGAGCUUAAAAAGUUGUUUGAUACUGUUACUUCCAUUCAUGAGGAAAUGUUCUAUCUCCGUCAAAGGGAAGAAGAAAUGCAGGAGCUUAACAGAACAACGAACUCCAGAAUGGCCUGGUUUAGUUUGCUCUCGCUUCUCGUUUGCUCAUCGGUUGCAGCUUUGCAAUGGUGGCACUUGAAGACCUUUUUUGAGAAAAAGAAGCUCAUCUAA